AUGGGGUUUAACGUGUACUGCUUGGGAUCGAAUGGGAGAGGGCAGCUUGGGUUGGGCCAUUGCAAUGACGUUAUGGUUGCGCAGAAGAGCAUCGUGCAGAGUAGUGAUGAGGUGAGGAAAGUUGUAUGCGGUGGUAACCACACGGUGUUGUUGUUGGAGGGUUCCGGUUCGGUACUGGCCACUGGGAACAAUGAGUUCGGGCAACUUGUUGGGGGACCAGUGGUGGACUACACGGAUUGGGUGGAUUGUAACGGUCCGUGGUCCACCCCCAGGGUUUUGGAUGUUGCCGCAGGGUGGGAGUUCACUGCCAUUGUAGACGAGAACAACAUCGUUCGGAGUCGGGGUGCAGGCCCCCGUGGGGAGCUCGGUGUUGGAUUGGAUACUUGCAGUGGUAAUUCAAAUAAUAGUGGUGGUGGGUUUUGCACAGUGAUGGAAUGCGGAAGCGAUGAUGAGGUGAAACUUUUUGCAUCGUUCGCCAACUGUGUCGCUGUAGUCACUACAAAGGGAGGUCAUUGUACUGUUUAUGGGUGGGGAAGUAACACAAAGUGUCAACUGCAGACACCGAAGAGUAAAAUCGUUGAUCGGCCCGUGGUUAUCUACGAGACGGACGACCCUGUUGACUACGCGGCGUUGGGAAAGAAUUUCAACGUAUUGGUGAACAAGCGCGGAGAAAUAGUGCAUGCCGCGGGGAAUCUCCCCAGUGGCUUCCAUUGGGAGCACUGGAAGGGUGUUCCGGGACUACAGGUGCGGUGCAUGUGGUCGUCUAUCCACAUUCUUGAUUUGAAGGGGUCUAGGUUAUCAUUUGGGUUCAAUCUGCACGGUCAGUUACUCGACACCGCUUUCCCACAGGACAUGUACGUCACAGAUACGUGCAUGGGCAGUGAACACGGUGUAGUAGUGGUCAAAGAAUUGGACGGCUCCCAGCGUGUCCUGGCAUGGGGCUGGGGUGAGCACGGAAAUUGCGGAAGAUUGAGUCCCAACCAAUCGGAUAGCGAUCCCACCAGUGUUAUAAACGAUAAAUCGAACGAGGUAAGUCCAUUGAAUGAAAUUCUAGUUGUUGAUCCAGACAAGAAAGUUAAAGUUUGGGGAGGGUGUGCUACCACUUGGAUAGUGGUAAGUUCAUAA